AUGUCCCUCCUUCAAUACUCCCCACCGGUGGAUUAUGCCGCGCAAACCAUUGCCGUCAAGGAUUUCUUGAACACCUUCAAGACCAUUCAGUCAAGCUCGGAAGCAGCAGCGACCGAAGCUCUGCAGGACUUGAACAUAGACGAAGGACGGACCAGCGAUGAAUAUGAUUUCAUGGAUGAUGCCGAUGAGAUGGAUGGAGCCAAUACCCGAGGAGCAAGCAGACGUCAGAUCCCGAAACUCAAGUACAUGCAGAUUCUGCAAGAUGUCGCAAACCGCGAGAAGUCUCAUCUUCAAAUUGACCUCGACGAUCUGGAAAUUUUUGAACAGUCCCGGCCUGAGGGAGAUGACCUCAAGCUCGUUCAAUCCAUCGAAAAGAACGCACACCACUAUGUUGACCUAUUUUCGCAAGCAAUUGACGAGCUCAUGCCCCGGCCAACCAAGGAUAUCACAUACAAGGAUGAUGUCCUUGAUAUAAUCAUGUCCCAGCGCGAAAGACGCAACGAAGCAACGGAAGCUGCAUUUGAGGCUGACAUGGAGACUGAUGCCGGUGGUCUCCCUAUGUUCCCCGCCGAGCUCACUCGCAGAUAUACACUCAACUUUAAGCCCGUCACACCCUCAGGGUCCAGCAGCGAUCGCGAUUCCAAAGCCCUCGCCGUUCGCAACGUUCGUGGCGAGCACCUUGGUAACCUCAUUACCGUCCGUGGUAUCACUACCCGUGUCUCCGAUGUCAAGCCCGCCAUUCAGAUCAACGCCUACACUUGCGACCGCUGCGGAUGCGAAGUUUUCCAACCCGUCACUACCAAGCAAUUCAUGCCUUUCACAGAGUGUAUCUCUGAAGAAUGCAAGAAAAACAACUCAAAGGGGCAGCUCUUUUUGUCCACUCGCGCAUCCAAGUUCACUCCUUUCCAGGAGGUCAAGAUCCAGGAAAUGGCCGACCAGGUCCCCGUGGGCCAUAUCCCACGGACCCUCACCAUUAACUGCCACGGUGCUCUUACUCGUCAAAUGAAUCCUGGUGAUGUGGUUGACAUUGGAGGCAUCUUUUUGCCAACCCCAUACACUGGUUUCCGUGCCAUUCGUGCCGGUCUUCUUACCGACACAUACCUCGAAGCUCACCACAUCACCCAGCACAAGAAAUCCUACAAUGACAUGGGCAUGGAUCGCAUUACGCUCCAUAAGAUCGAGCAGCACCAGCGCUCUGGUAAUAUGUACGAGUACCUUUCACGGUUGAUUGCCCCUGAGAUCUAUGGACAUCUCGAUGUGAAGAAAGCACUGCUUCUCCUUCUGAUUGGUGGUGUCACCAAGGAGAUGGGUGAUGGUAUGCACAUUCGUGGUGACAUCAACAUCUGCUUGAUGGGUGACCCUGGUGUGGCCAAAUCUCAGCUUCUCCGAUACAUCACGAAGGUUGCCCCUCGUGGUGUCUACACCACUGGACGAGGAAGCAGUGGUGUUGGUCUAACUGCUGCUGUCAUGAGAGACCCAGUCACCGACGAGAUGGUGCUGGAAGGAGGUGCCCUGGUCUUGGCUGAUAACGGUAUCUGCUGUAUCGAUGAAUUCGACAAGAUGGAAGAUGCAGACCGCACUGCCAUUCACGAAGUGAUGGAACAGCAGACCAUCUCUAUUUCCAAGGCUGGAAUCACUACUACCCUCAACGCACGUACUUCUAUCCUGGCAGCAGCUAAUCCGUUGUAUGGCCGUUACAACCCUCGCGUAUCCCCAGUGGAGAACAUCAACUUGCCAGCUGCCCUACUGUCCCGUUUCGAUGUUAUGUUCCUGCUUUUGGAUACUCCUUCUCGCGAGGGCGAUGAAGAGCUGGCAAACCACGUUACAUAUGUCCACAUGCACAACAAGCACCCGGAGAGCGAAGAUGCCGGUGUGAUGUUCACUCCCCACGAGGUCCGUCAAUACAUUGCCAAGGCCCGCACAUUCCGUCCCAUCGUUCCCAGCAAUGUCUCUGACUACAUGGUCGGUGCCUACGUGGCCAUGCGUAAGAGACAGAAGGUCGACGAGUCCAAGAAGCGCCAGUUCUCCCACGUUACUCCCCGUACCCUGCUUGGUAUCGUUCGUCUGUCCCAGGCCCUGGCUCGUCUUCGCUUCAGUGACCAGGUUGUUCGAGAGGACGUUGAUGAGGCCCUGCGUCUCAUUGAAGUCAGCAAGGCUUCUCUGUACAACGAUGGCGAGCAAGGAGCGGAUAACACUCCCUCGAGCAAGAUCUACAACUUGAUUCGCAGCAUGAAGGAGAGUGGCGCCGCUGCCAUCGGAGAUGGCGAACAGGGAGAGCUGAGCAUGAGACGUAUUCGGGAACGUGUCCUGGCCCGAGGCUUCACUGAGGAUAAUCUCACCAUGACUAUCGACGAAUAUGCUGACAUGAACCUCUGGCAAGUUACUGGCAAUGGAACCCGUCUACUCUUCACAGAGGUUGACAGUGACAUGGAUAUGUAA